CGCGGGGGCCUCCUUCGCGGCGAGCGCGCCUAGUUUGAACGCGCUCUUGGGGCGGCCGGCUGUCCUGAAGAGAGUCCUGAGGCGAGGUGGGGCUGAGCCCCCAGCUGUGGUCGGCUGGCUCUGUGGAGGGGCGUUCUGGCCUCUGAGGCGCAGAAAUUUGACUGACAAGAUGGCACCUUUUACUCCAAAGAAGAGGAAGCAACAUUCCAAGAAUUGUGAUAGCCUUUUAUCAGACAUUCCAUCAAAGAAAUUAAUUUUGGACUGUACUCCGAAUAUAUUUCCAUCACCUGAUUUUUGUCAAAAUAAUGAUAAAAAUGAAGAAAAGGCACUUUGCUCUCUACAAGACCACUUCAUUCCAAGUCUACUCAAAACUUCUGCGAGUGAUAGAUUGCCAUCUGCAAGUCAAGGCUCACCAUUUAAAUCAGCUGUCUCCACAGUAUCCUUUUACAACAAAAAUAAAUGGUACCUCAGUCCACUGGAGAGAAAGCUGAUAAGAGAGAGUAGAUCCACUUGUCUAAAACCUAUUAAUGGAGAAAAAUCUUUUCCCAGUGUGAUGGAAAAAAUGCAGGGAAAACCAAUCUGCUCCAAAAAGAAGAGCAAAAAACCACAGAAGAGUUUAACUGCUAAGUAUCAACCAAGUUAUAAACAUACCAAGCAUACAGCGAAGAAUUCUAAAAGUUCCAAACAAAAUCAAGUGACCUAUAAGCCAGUUGUGGAGAAAGAGAAUAAUUGUUGUGCAACUGAAAGUAAUGUGACUGCUCGCCGGGUUUUGAGCCAAAAAAUAAAACCACAAGUUACACUUCAGGGUGGGGCAGCAUUUUUUCUUAAUAGAAAAAGAUCCACUCUUAGAAAACCGCCUCUGGAAAAUAAGCCAUCCCUGGAACAUACCCAAAGGAAUAAGUCCAAAUUGAUUGAUGAUUCUGAUGUAGAGACUGUGACUGUAAGAAAAACUUUUGAGACAAAGCAAGUGCCAAGGUGCUUGUCACUAGAAGAGAAAUUAAUAAAGGAUUCAUCAGCUGGUGUAGUUUCUUCAAGGGAGUGUAAACUUGAUCAAAGUAAGCAUUUUCCUUCAGAGGAUUCUCUUGGUGAGAGCAAGACAUGUGGUUCUUCCAAAUCGACUAUCUAUCCCAUCUUCAGUGUGUCUUCAGUCAGUGCAAAAAGAUCUGUGGCUGAGGAAGAAUCUUCUGUGGAAUCCAUCACAUGUACUAACUUCUUGAAACUGACACAGAAAAACAUUAAUACCAGAGAUGCAAAUAAAGAAACAAAAGACCAGCUCGUCAUUGAUGCAGGUCAGAAACAUUUUGGGGCCACCAUGUGUAAGUCAUGUGGCAUGAUCUACUCUGCUUCCAGCCCUGAAGACGAGAUGCAGCACACUCAGUAUCACCACAGAUUUCUGGAAGGAAUCAGAUAUACAGGCUGGAAAAAAGAACGCAUAGUAGCAGAGUUUUGGGAUGGCAAGAUUGUAUUGGUUCUGCCGCAUGAUCCAAGUUAUGCUGUAAAAAAGGUAGAAGAUGUCAAAGAACUUGUUGAUUGUGAAUUGGGCUUCCAACAUGUUGUUCCCAAGUGUUCAAACAAAGUGAAAACUUUUCUCUUUAUAUCUGAUGAAAAAAAAGUAGUUGGGUGUUUAAUUGCAGAGCCCAUCAAGCAGGCCUUCCGGGUGCUCUCUGAGCCAGCUGACCCAGACUCCUCCAGCUCUCAGGAGUGUCACAGGGCAUGGCAAUGUUCAGAUGUGCCACAACCUGCUGUCUGUGGGAUCAGUAGAAUCUGGGUUUUUAGACUGAAAAGAAGAAAGCGCAUUGCAAGACGACUGGUAGAUACUGUCAGGAAUUGCUUUAUGUUUGGCUGUUUUCUGAGCACUGAUGAAAUAGCAUUUUCUGACCCAACACCAGAUGGCAAACUAUUUGCAACCAAGUACUGCAACACCCCAAAUUUCCUUGUAUACAACUUUAAUAGUUAAUGUCAAUUUCAAAUAUAAAAGUUUACAUGUAAGUUCAGAUAGUCCCUUAUAUAAGAUGAACUAUUUAACCUAUUUAAUAAAAACUAUCAAAAAUACCAAGACUUAUUCAUGCAGAGUUCAGUUUUACUGCUUACGAGUUGAAAGUCAGGUAAAUUUGCUGAAUAAUAUCUGGUGAUGCAAAGGAAGGAAAUUUACUUGGAUAAUGUCUCCACAUUCUGAGUCACUUUUGAAAUCUUACAGCUAAGGAUGGA